GUCUCAGGAAGAGGCGGAGUCUCACAGUGCCGGAAGAGAAGUGCGCAAUUGUUUUUCGAGCUCAUCUCUCAUAGAUUAUUAUAUCUCUCAUUUAAUAAACACGCUCUCUCUCUCUCUCACACACAAAGACACAGAGACAAACACACCAGACAACACUCGACAUGGCGCUGAACAGCAAUCACCAUCCGAACGGAGGAGUUCUGAUCAACACUGGAGAAAGCAUCUUACGAGACUGUAAGAACGUCGAGCUCUCCUUCAGUGAUGUCACACCCAAGAACGAUGUCUUCAGAGCAACCAAGAAGGGCUCCGUCUACCUCACCCAAUACAGAGUGGUGUUUGUGAGCAGUCACAUGAAAGAGAAGUUCUGCUCCUUCAUGUUUCCUUAUUACCUGAUGAAGAACUGCAGUAUUGAACAGCCCGUGUUUGCGGCAAACUACAUCCAGGGCUUGAUCAAAGCUGAGGCCGGAGGUGGCUGGGAAGGUCAGGCAAACUUCAAGAUGUGUUUCCCGAGUGGAGGCGCCAUCGAGCUGGGACAACAUCUCUUUAAACUGGCCAGUAACGCAUCUCGGCCCCCUGUGAGUUACAACAGUAACGGAGCGUUCGGAUUGGCCGGAGGGAUGAAUGGAUAUGCGAGUCCCGUCAUGCCGCAGCCGUACCCGUAUCCCAGCAUGCCACAGGCCGGCUUCACCCACCCCACAGGUGUGUAUCCCAGCGCUCCCGUGUACAUGCCCCCGCCCCCCCCAUACCCCGGACCCCCUCAGGACUGGUGUGUCCCUCCAGUCGCUCCGGGUAACGCCAAGGCAGCAGAGGCGGCCAGCAGUGCCUUUUACAAUCCCAGCAACCCUCACGGCGUCUACAUGCCCACGGAUCAACCUCCUCCAUAUUAUCCACCCGAAUACCCACACAAGAAGAACAACUGAAGCACCUCUUCAUGAUGUCAUCUGAAUGUGUGUUGAAUACACACACGCUUUUAUUUCCCAUAGACAUGUAGACACAGAUAUCACUCUUAAUUUCAGUACUUAACAAUUAACCCUUUCUAUGAUUUCUGUUUCUGCUAACCGUGCAUUUCUUUCAUGUUGUAAUAAUAAUAAGAAUAACAACAAUGUAUGAUGUAAUCCAGAUAUAAUGCUUAGAGAUUUUGUACACUCAAGAUAAGAAUGAAUGAUGUUCUCUCUCUUUGAUUCAGAGUGCGUGUAAACAAUGUGCAUUCUUAUUUCUGAACUUGCUCGGCUGUUUAAUAAAUCUACUUUCAUAUGA